AUGUAUGGAAAGAAUGAAACCGACGGCUGGCUGUCACCAUUACCGACUGUACCACGACAAGUUGUACCUCACGAACAAAUUAUAGCUGAGACUUUAAAUAAUUUAAGGAAGGUCAGCGAGAUAGCAGGGGUCCAGCCAGCCAGCAGCGGUCCAGCCAGCCAACCAGCAAGCAACGGUCCAGCCAGCCAGCAGCAGCAGCAGCAAAGGCAGUGUCGGUCCAGCCUGCAGCAGCAUCAGCAGCUGCAGCGCUCCUGCCGGCGUUCCUGCCAGCCACCUGUGGCAGCAGCAGCAGCUACAGCAUUCCUGCCAGCCAGCCAGCCAGCCAGCCAGCAGCAGCAGCAGCGGCAGUGUCAGUCCAGCCUGCGGCAGCAGCAGCAGCUACAGCAUUCCUCCCAGCCAGCCAGCCAGCAGCAGCAGCACCAGGCAGCAGCAGCAGCAGCGGCAGUGUCGGUCCAGCCUGCAGCAGCACCAGCAGCUGCAACGUUCCUGCCAGUGUUCCUGCCAGGCAGCCAGCAAGCCAGCCAGACAGCCAGCAGCAGCAGCAGCAUCAGUGUCGGUCCAGCCCGUGGCAGCAGCAGCACCUGCAGCGUUCCUGCCAGCAUUCCUGUCAGCCAGCCAGCCAGCAGCAGCAGCAGCAGCGGCAGUGUCGGUCCAGCCUUUGGCAGUAGCAGCACCUGCAGUGUUCCCGCCAACCAGCCAGCCAGCAGCAGCUGCAGCGUCAGUGUUGGUACAGCCCGCGUCGGCAGCAGCAUUUGCAGCGUUCCUGCCAGCGUUCCUGCCAGCCAGCCAGCCAGUCAGCCAGCCAGCAGCAGCUACGGCAUCAGUGUUGGUCCAGCCCGUGUCAGCAGCAGCAGCUGCAGCGUUCCUGCAAGCGUUCCUGCCAGCCAGCCAGGCAGCCAACCAGAAGCAGCAACUGUGGCAGUGUUGGUCCAACCAGCGGCAGCAGCAGCGACUGCAGCGUUCCUGCCAACGUUUCUGCCAGCCAGCCAGCAGCAGCAGCAGAGGCAGUGUCGGUCCAGCCCGUGGCAGCAGCAGCAGCAGCAGCACUCCUGCCAGCGUUCCUGCCAGCCAGCCAGCCAGCCAGCCAGCACCAGCAUCAGCGGCACGUUCCUGCCAACCAGCCAGCCAGCCAGCCAGCCAGCCAGCCAGCAGCAGCGGCAGCAGCAGUGUCGGUCCAGCCCGCAGCAGCAGCAGCAGCAGCAGCAGCACUCCUGCCAGCGUUCCUGCCGGCAGCCAGCCAGCCAGCAGCAGCAGCAGCGGCAGUGUCGUUCCAGCCUGUGCCAGCAUCAGCAGCUGCAGCACUCCUGCCAGCCAGCAUUCCAGCAGCAGCAGCAGUGGCAGUGUCGGUCCAGCCCGCAGCAGCAACAGCAGCAGCAGCGUAUCUGCCAGCGUUCCUGCCAGCCAGCCAGCCAGCCAACCAGAAGCAGCAACUGCGGCAGUGCAGCCAGCCAGCCAGCCAGCCAGCAGCAGCGGCAGCGGCAGUGUCGUUCCAGCCCGCAGCAGCAGCAGCGCUCCUGCCAGCGUUCCUGCCGCCAGGCAACCAGCCAGCAGCAGCAGCAGCCACAGUGUCGGUCCAGCCUGCGGCAGCAGCAGCAGCUGCAGAAUUCCUACCAGCCAGCCAGCCAGAAGCAGCAGCAGCAUCAGUGGCGGUCCAGCCCGCAGCAACAGCAGCAGCUGCAGCGUUCCUGCCAGCGUGCCUGCCAGCCAGCCAACCAGCCAGUCAUCCAGCAGAAGCAGCAGCGGCAUGUCGGUCCAGCCUUCGGCAGCAGCAGCACCUGCAGCGUACCACCAGCCAGCCAGCCAGCAGCAGCUGCAGCGUCAGUGUUGGUCCAGCCUGUGUUAUCAGCAGCAGCUGCAACGUUCCUGCCAGCGUUCCUGCCAGCCAGCCAGCCAGCCAUCCAGCCAGCAGCAGCAGCAGCAGCAGUGUCGUUCCAGCCUGUGGCAGCAUCAGCAGCUGCAGCACUCCUGCCAGCCAGCCUGCCAACAGCAGCAAAGCUGGCAGUGUCGGUCCAGCCCAGAGCAGCAGCAGCAGCAGCGUUCCUGCCAGCGUUCCUGCCAGCCAGCCAACUAGCCAGCCAGCCAGCAGCAGCUGCAGCGUCAGUGCCGGUCUAG